AUGGCGUGUAUAACUGCCCAGCAGGAACAGGAGAGUGACACUGACCAUAUCAGUGAUAUCGAGAUUGCAACAAGAGGACAAGCUAGCAACAUCCAGUGGUUUCGAAUGAAGAAGGGUCGAAUUACAGCAAGUAUAGCUAAGCGUUGUUCUGGCAAAGGUGAUCCAGCAGCCAUUGUCAAGAAAAUAAUUACUGUUGGUAGCCCGACAAGUAAGCCCAAAUCGCAUCACAUGGAGUAUGGCAUUAUUAACGAAGGUGAAGCAGUGUCCAAGUACAUGAAACAGAAACAAGAUAGUGGCCUAAAUAUGACUGUGAUGGAGUGUGGUCUUUUCGUUCACCCACUGCAUGGCGAACUUGCUGCAACCCCUGAUCGGGUUGUCACUGAGAACUGUGUCCAAGGACUUGUCGAAGUGAAAUGUCUGUCAGCGUCCAGAGAAAUGACACCAAAGGAGGCAAUUCUAGCCAAACAGACGGACAGCAACUUCUGUCUGCAACUAAAAGAAGCGAAACCCACACUGAAAGAGCAUCAUGCAUACUUUUACCAAGUACAGAUGCAAAUGGCGGUUGUUGGUGUGGCUUGGUGUGACUUUGUUAUUUUCACAAAUGCUAACUGUGAUGUGCUCAUUGUACGUGUUGCUUUCAAUGAGGCAUUCUGGACAAAUGUUCAGGACAAGCUCCUGCAGUUUCAUAAAUCUCAUGUCUUGCCAGCACUUGUAGCCCAGGGUUUUUGGAAAAAAUAGUUUGAGGUUACAAUUUUUAUCCUAUCAUUUAAUACUAUUUAUUGAUAAAACUGAAACCUUUUUUUGGUCUUGCCAUAAAUGUAAUUACUAUAGUUCUCCAGAAAUAAAAGUGAAUAUAAUU